CGGGGCGGCGGGGACCGGGAAGGGAAGUGGCGGCAGCGGCGGGUAUCUCUUAAUCAGCUAAAAUGGUUUUAAAGAAGAAGAAGGAAAUUCAGGUAGAUGCAUUCUUUCUUGAUCAGCAGCAGCUUGAAAAACUUCAGAUGUUUUCAAAGGCUGGAGAGCAAAACCUGGCAUCUCUGCUUCUGCACUGCGCACAGCUGAGCGAUGGCAUCCAGCAGAUCCAGUGUAUUAAACAAAUCAUACCAUUGGUGAAGAAGAUGGAUCAAAACUCUGCAUGUGAUCCCAUGGUAAAAGCCUGUUUGGAUGUUUUGGGAGAGACAUAUUUUUCACUGGGUGCGAAGAAUCCCUUGAAAAAAGUAUUAGCAAGUUCACUAAACGGUCUUCCUGAACAGUUUAUGACAUUAGCUGUACAAAGCUUUGUAUGCUGCCUUAGGGAAGAACUGAAAACCACAGAUGUAUAUUUGUACAGAAAAGUACUGGACAACCUUACUUCCUGUAUGGAGGACUUCAGCUUAGGUAGAGCAAGUAUUAAGAACCUGUUUGAAGAAGUUCUUCAGUUUCUGCAGAAGUCGUUACUCGACAUACAGGAAGAAAACAGAAAGAAUCAUGGAAAUCGUAUUGUUCAGACUCAGUUGAUGCACGAUUUACUGAUAGCCAUUAAAGUUUCAAUGAUGCUUGUACAGAAAUUACAAGAAAAUAUCCAGGGAAGUCUUUGGAAACACCAUGAGUCUUUUGUUUGGCAAAGUAUGUGUAGUUUACUGAAAAGCUCCACAAACUUCCUAAUGGAUGCAACUCUCCUGCAAACUGUUCAGACUACCUCAGGACUUGCUGUUAUUCUGUAUACUAAAGCUAUGUAUGAGCCAGUUGAAGAAUUACCUGCCUUGGUCAGUGACUUGCUUCUUGGGUCAAUGAAACAGGCAGGUGUGCCAGCAUGGUUUGUGAGUAACUGUGGGUCUCUGUGUACAGAAGAACUCCCUGACUCGGUCCUUCUCUUUCUUUGCCACGGAGCACUGGCUAUGCUGGAAUGGAAGAAUGGCAGCAUGGGUGAAAAUGGAGAGAAACUAUUAUUAGAUAUCGCAUCAGUUUUGUUGUCUUUGAGUUCAGAGUUAAAAGAAUCCAGUAUGGCAACGUCUUUGUCUAGAAUCCUUGCUAUUUGGACUAAUUCAGCACUGGCUGCCCUUGCUUCAGGCUCCCCAGAUCUAAAAAUCAAACUUAAUGGUAACUCAGACGUAAUUGGGAAGCUGCUGGAAUACAUUUAUACACACUGGGAACACCCUCUGGAUGCUGUUAGACACCAAACCAAAUUGAUAUUCAAGAAUCUUCUUCAGAUACACCAAACCACCAUUACUGGAUCCAAUGAAAAACCAGACCCAUUCUUUGCAAGGCUGAUAAAGCGUUUGCUAAGCUUGGAAUGGCAUGUAAAAGGGAAAUACGCUUCUCUUGGCUGUCUUGUGGAGUGUGUGGGCACCGAAAAUAUACUACAGUUGGACAGAACAAUUCCAGUACAAAUCUUGGACGUGAUGAAUGAUCAGUCUCUUGCACCUUACGCUAGUGAUCUUCUGGAAACCAUGUUUACUAAUCACAAAGCCCAUUUUACUUUGAGUAUUCAAGAAAGCACCUGGAUAGACCGGUGGCAUGACAUCUGGGUUUCUCCUCUUCUAGUAAUACUGUGUGAAGGGAACCAUGACCAAACUACUUAUAUAAUAGAUUACUAUUUACCAAAAUUGCUCAAAUGUAGCCCUGACAGUCUGAGCUACAUGAUUAAAAUUCUUCAGGCUUCUGCAGAUGCUAAUCUAGGCUCUCGCAGUACUAGAGGAGCUCUUGGAGCAUUAAUGGCAUGCCUAAGAACAGCCAGGGCUCACGGACACCUGGAACUUUCAACUAUCAUGAGCAAUGGUCUUGUAUCUACUGAAUGUAUAAAACAGGGUCUAGUUCAUCAGCACAAUCAGGUUUGCAUUGAUGCUUUAGGCUUACUUUGUGAAACCCAUCGUAGCACGGAAAUAGUGUCUAUGGAAGAAAUGGAACUGAUUCAAUUUUUUCUGAUGUACAACUUGAACAGCCAGUCUCCUUCAGUAAGGCAACAGAUAGGUUCUUUACUGAGAAAGUUAUUUUGCAGGAUACAAGAAAGUUCCCAGGUGCUUUAUAAAUUGGAGCAAAAUAAAACCAAGCAAGAGUUACUUGAAAACUCAACUAAAAGACAUCCUUUGGGGAUUUUGCAGCAAUAUAAAGAUUUCAUGUCCUCUGUAUGUGAUAGACUUUUUGAGGUGCUGUUUCCCGGUUCAUCACACCCAACCAGAUUUUCUGCACUAAGUAUUUUAGGAUCCAUAGCAGAAAUCUUUUCUGCUCCAAAAGGCCAGGCCCAAGUUUUUCAGUUGGAUCAGGAGAUCGAUUCCGCUCGUGUCCGAACUUUGAUCCAGUGUUUUGCCAGUACUUUUGAGGAAAUAAAAGUUCUGGCAUUUGGACUUUUGAUGAAACUUCGUGAUGUUGCAUUUAAUUUACAGGAUUCUGAAAAUCUAGAUCUCCUAUUCCAAGCAGCAGUGGAUCUUAGCACAAGUACCAAGCCAUACGAUUGUGUCACUGCUUCAUAUUUGUUGAACUUCUUAGUACAUCAUAACGGACUACAGCAUAUUUCUUUAGGAAAAUGGGUUGAGCAUAACCCCCAGAUAGGUGAAAACACAUCAAUAAGUACAGUGGAAAAGAACACUUUAGCAGUUAUCAAGCUUUUGUUGGUGAAUGUUGAAGAAGAAAUAUUUCAAGCUAAGAAGUCUCUGCUUCAAGCAGCAGCAUCAUUUCCAAUGUAUGGGAGAGUGCAUUGUAUAACAGGAGCUUUGCAGCAAUUACCUUUUAAUAACUUGACAUUGAUAGCAGAAUGGAAGGAAAUGGUGGCCAGGCUCAUUCUGAUGUCAUACAAACUCUCUGCUGUAGUAUCACCGGUAGUGCAGAGCUCAUCACCAGAGGGUCUUAUUCCAAUGGAUAGCGAUUCAGAAAGUUCAGGUCGUCUGCAGAUGAUUCUGCAUGAGAUACAGCCACAGGACACGAAUGAUUACUUUAUGCAAGCAAAAAUUUUGACGGAACACUGCAAAGUAGAGUCCGAAAAGCUGGAUGACCACAGGUCAAUGGAAAAUAUUUGCACAGAAAUGAGAGGUAAAGAAAGGCAAACAUGUGAUGUCACAGCUCAAAUGGUUCUUGUCUGUUGCUGGAGAAGCAUGAAGGAAGUAUCUCUGCUCUUAGGGACACUGUGUAAACUUUUGCCUUCACAGGCUACAUCUGAACAUUCAGAUGGGUUGAUUACUGUAGAACAGGUUAAAAAUAUUGGGGAUUACUUCAAACAUCAUCUGCUGCAAUCGAGACACAGGGGUGCAUUUGAAUUGGCAUACGCUGGCUUUGUGCAACUUACGGAAAUGCUUUCCAGAUGUAACAGCGAGAGUCUGCGCAAGAUGCCAGAGCAGUGGCUAAGCUGUGUGUUAAAAGAAAUCAAAUCUUGUGAUCCUUCAUCUACACUAUGUGCAACCAGACGUAGUGCGGGAAUUCCAUUCUACAUACAGGCUUUGUUAGCUUCAGAACCGAAGAAGAGCAAAACAGAUUUGUUGAAAAUGACAAUGAAAGAAUUGAUAUCUUUGGCUGCACCUUUGAAUGAAUCAUCAAGUGUAAUUCCACAGGUUCAUGCUUUAAAUAUUCUUCGGGCACUGUUCAGGGAUACACGUUUAGGUGAAAACAUCAUGCCUUAUGUUGCAGAUGGAAUACAAGCAGCAAUUCUAGGUUUUAUGUCACCUAUCUGGGCAGUAAGAAAUUCAUCCACUCUUCUUUUUAGUGCCCUGAUUACAAGAAUUUUUGGGGUUAAAAGAGGGAAAGAUGAAAAUUCCAAAAAAAACAGAAUGACAGGAAGGGAGUUUUUCUCUCGGUUUCCAAGUCUUUAUCCUUUCCUUCUCAAGCAAUUGGAGGUUGUAACCAAUACUUUGAACAGUGAAGCUGAAGAGUUGAAAAUCCAUCCAAGCUUGUUCCUUUUGCUCUUAAUCCUGGGAAGGCUGUAUCCAUCUCCAAUGGAUGGCACUUACUCAGCACUCAGCAUGGCACCGUUUGUCCCAUUUAUUAUACGGUGUGGGCACUCUCCUGUAUACCGUUCACGUGAGAUGUCAGGUCGGGCCCUUGUUCCAUUUGUUAUGGUGAAUGAAGUACCACAGACAGUGCUGUGCUUGCUGGAGGGGCUUCCAGACUUUACCAGUCCUUGCAUACGACAGAAUAAUAUUCAUGGAACUCUUCUGCAAGUUUUUCACUUGCUGCAGUCAUACUUAGAAUCAAAACAGCUCGUUAGUUCAGACUUUCAGCAGGGACUGGGUGACAUCAUUACCUGUAUAGGAACCAAAUUGUGGUUGGCUAAAAGGAGUUUUGGGAGGUUGCUUGGCAACCGAGUUGUGAAACUCGGUAAGUCCAUCUGUGCAGCUUUCUGGAUGUUGGGAGAGCACAUCAGGAAAACAGCGCUUCAUUCAUGCCCUGUUGUUGGACUUCUUGCUGGUCACUGUCAGAGAGGGUGGCGGCUGGCUGGAUCCUCGGUCCGUGUACAGUCAUUCUUACCUUCUUUCUGUUCAGGCAGAGAGAAGACAAAUCCUUGUUUGGUGACGAGAGCUGCCUGUCUUGAUGUCCUUGUGAUGCUGAGUACUCACCUGGGAAAGUUUCAAAAGCAAGGAAUGCAAUUGUUUGGGUUUUGGGAAGAGAUGAACGGAGUUAUUUCAGAUUCUGAACUGGUGUCCAGUAUUCCCUACUCACCUGCAGUACCAGGACUGAUACAGUAUCUUCAGAGCAUCACCAAACUUGUAAUAUCAGUGCUGUCGGUGACUGCAGGUCCUGACAGCCAGGACAGCAGUUCACCUGUUGCAAAGAAAGUAGCCAAGCCAUCACUGUCAAUAGUUCAUCUCCUUCACUGUGAGUUUCACGAAGUACGUCUGCUUGCGUUGGAAGCAAUACUGCUCUGGUUGAAACAAAUAAAUUCCAAGCAGAUUGCAGAAGGAGGAGGUGUAUUGUGUUUACUUACUGAUUUGGAAGGCACUCUUCUCACAAUGGCUUCGAAGGAAAAGAAUCUCCAGUGUUUUUGCAAGGUUCUGGAAAUUCUUUAUAAUAUGGAUCUCAGAAAUGUGCUUCCAAAGACUGAAUGCUUUAUAAAUAUGAAUGCAAAUGAGCUCUUAACCUGGAGUUUAAACAUUGUAGAUACCUCCAACAGCACUGAAGUUCAAAGCAUAGCUCUCAAAUUUGCCUCCAAGUUGGUUAUCCAUCUUUUGCAGAACCAUCAGCAGAUUUCAGAAGUCGUCCUGAAAAAAUGGGUUCAGCUGAUAGUUUAUUUUUGUGGAGAUGAGCAACAGACAGAGAUGCUGUUAGCAGCUGCUGAAGUUCUUAAAAGUGUAACGUCGUUCCUUUUGAUCAAUGAGAAGCUCAUUCUUGGACUGUCUGAUACCCUCACUAUGUGGAAAUGUGUGGUCCUACUGCUGCAGAAUGAAGAUUUGGUAGUAAGGGAUGCGGCUGCUGAGGUUAUACAAGUGGCACAGUCUGAAAAAAAGAGCAGUGAAGGAACAGAGUUUGCACUUAGGAUAGUGAAUGCUCCGAUGGCCUUGGAUUUAGCGUUUGGCGUCCUGUGUGAGCAGCUCCAGCGGUGGGGGGAGAUCCAUGCUGGUGUACUGAUCCUGCUGGAGUGGCUGCUGGGAGACAGCAAUCUGAAAGAAGACUCGGAGACUUCAGCUACGGAAGAAGAUCAUUACCUGUUUGAUAAAGGGGAAGUGAAUUUUUGGGCAGAGGAGUUGACUCAUGUCAGCCAACUCAGUAAGCACCUUUUACUGCUUAUAUCAAUGACUCAUCUAACUUUACCAGAUCACAGAGAACUUAAUCGACUAUCUAGAAUAGCACUGGACCAAGCCCAGCUUGUUGGACACCUUCUUAGAGAGCUACCUCCGACUCCAGAAUUUUCCAAAACUACAGAAUUCACAAGAUUAGCUAUUCAAAAUGAGAGAAUAUCAGUCUGCCUUAAAAUAUUAAAUCUGCUGAAGUCUGACGAUACUUGCAAAAAUGAAAAUCUGGACAAGGAAAGUAUUAGGAGUUCAUCCUCAGGGAGCUGCACACAUUUUACUAAAUGGGCAGGGGGUCUGAAUUCUAGUGAUGUUCAAGGAAUAAGGGAUUGAUGUAAUGACUCCAGUAAACCUGCAACAAACUAUUCAGUAUUCAGCCUAAACCCACAUUUUUUUUUGUAUAUGAAUCUGUUGAUUAUUUUUUUCUCAGAUGUGCUGUGGGAGACUGUUCCUUUUAAAUGCAUUUGUUAAUUUCAUUCAGCUGAGCAUGGUUUAUUAUAGCUACUGUAGGAAGUAAAGCAGCUAAACCUAAUAUUUUCCAUUCAUCCAGGUGCAGGCCACCUGUAGUUGUGUUAUGUUUUAUCCUGAGUUUUUACCUCCUGUAUUUUAAUACCAAGGAAACAUUGAUUUUAUUUUUUUUUGUCUCCUUUCAAGAUGUAGAAUGGUAAUUAUUAAAUUACUAUGGUAUUUUUUUAUUUUAAGUGUUUCUAAAAGAAAAGAAACAAACCUUGGCUUCUUUGUCCAUGACAAUCUUUAGACUACAUUUUAAAGUUUAACUGCAUUUCCCUCUGGAGGAAGGCAAGGAUUCUCACUUUGGUAAUAACCUUGG